GGAAGAGAGUACACCGUGAGAGGAAUUUCUGACGACAAGACAGUAUUAAUGAAAUGUGAUCCAACCUUUGUUUUUAAAAUAGACAAAUGCCGUUGUAUGGUUGGCGUAGAUGACGACUGCCCCGAAGAGCAAUGGUCCGAAUGGUCAUGCGGAACGUGUAGAUGCGGGAUUGGUGAACGAACUUGUACACGGACACAAGUACUGCGGAAAUAUGAGCCAAAAACAAAAAAUGAUGAAAUUUGUAAAGAAGUGCUUAAAAUCCUGAAGGAAACCAAGGAAGAAGCUUGUGAGCCACAAUGCUGUAGUUGGAGUGAUUGGACCAGGUGGAAAGGUGCUGAAUGUUCCAACACGUG